CUAGUUAGCAUGCUGGACUGUGGGAUGAUCCCGUACUUGUUGGCGUCCAAGCUGAAAUCAGCGCACUUAAAUAUUCAUAAUAUCUUUAAGUGGACAAGUUUCUAGCUGCGCUCUUGAUCAAUGUGUUUAUUGUACAUUACACUGAAGUAAAAGAUAACGGACAAUGGUGUGAAUGUAGCAGUAGCAUUAGCAGUAGCGAAGGCCUCGGCCUGUUGCUUGUUUUAUAUUUCACAGUGCUCGGAUCCUGUGGGCCCGAUGUAGUGGCUGUUCCGCAAGACCCAGUGAGAUGACUAUCUAGAUAGUAUUUUUGGGCAGCAUAGAAAUAGGAAUUUUUGAGCCAAAGCCAAUAAUGACAUGGUGUGAUUCAUUGUGUACGUAAGUGCAUACGAGCAUUUAAGCAAACAUCUAAACAUUAGUUUGACUCCUUUUGACACAUUCGCAUAUUUUACCAACAGUCCCUUUAAAGUGUCUGUAAAUUUGGCUUCAUUAAGUAGCUCCACGUUAAUGGUGAAUAAAAAAGGCGAUGUGUCUUUAUCAUUUAUUAAACCAUGAUGCUUUAGUCUCCAGAUACAAGUAGUCUCAUGGGCAAGAGAGAAAGCAGGGGCUUUUUAUUCUUUUCUUCCAUGUCAGUGCUGAAACUGUCCUUUCCUGAACUAAUGAGUUACCGACUCUCAGCAGCACAGUAAAUUGAUUCAUCACUACAAAACCAGGCGUUCUUGCAUGGCUAAAACGAUAUCAAGUAUAUUCUGUUCCUGGUCUUACAAGACAUAUGACUGUUCUGUUGAAUGUUUUUAUUGUAGCAUUGUGAGAGUUGAGUACAGAAACUAAAAUGACUACUACUACAGUUUUAAUUCUAUGUGUGUUCCUUCUCAAAAUGUUCACAAGUUUUAGCUAUGUGGUUGUGUUUGACAACCCAGUUAUUGUUAUUUAUUUAAGGAACAAAACCAUAAAAGCGAAAAUAGCUUCUCAAGGAGGGACAGCAAACGUGUUUGUGUAGUUUUCGUAUCACAAAUGCAGAAGAAACUGUGACUCACUUGCAUUUAUUAAUUUAGCAGAUGCUUUAAUCCAAAGCAAAACUGUAAAUGAUUAAUGUGAAAUGCAAACAUAAGUGAGUCAUCCUAAGGAGAAAAUAACAUGCAGGUUUCUCAUGGCCAUGGAAAAACCUGUAAAUGUCAGGGAAUUUUAUAAUUGUGUUUUCCAGGCCUGGAAAAGUCAUGGAAAUGUGUGUUAGAUCCAGUAUCCCAUUAGACCUCUCUGUCAGAAGAUAUCCAAAUAUCACCGUUCUUAUCCAAAUCCAGUCAACAUCAACAGGUUGUGUUGUGUUAGCCCAAGAGGCAGCGGGGGAAAGGACCCUUUUCACACUUCAGGGUUUUGGAACGCGGAAGUAAAUGAUUGCAGGGUGAACUGUAAUAGCAGUGAAUGGGAGACCAUGCCAAAUAUACAUUUUUGCUCUCUCAUUUGGUGCAUCAAAAGAAAAACGCCGCUAGUACAUUUCCAAAACUUUCCAAAUGAAGAAAAAAACAGAGUGCUGAAUUACGACAGUCAGAAGAGAGAAGAUGGCAAAUUUACUGUCACUCUCUCAGCAGCUGUAUUAGAAACCUCUGUGGUAACUUGUUUUAAAACUAAUUCCAGGGUAAUAUAAUACAAAGUAUAAUGAUAUAAAUUUACAUGAAAUAAUAAAACAAUUUUGGGGCAGUGGUUGCUUGGAAAAGGGUCCAUAUUGGAGAAGGCAGGAGACAGAAGUGCUGGUACUAAACGUGCAGAAUUUAUUGAAUAAUCUUUGGGAAUAUUUACACUUGGUCACUUCAUGCGUUUUUACUGAUCCGAUUGCUAUCCGAUUGAAUAAGCACAAUCCAUUUACACUUGUCCGCAUCAAUGUGUCUCUGCCAAAUAGAUAUAAAUCCAAUCUUGAAUUCCUGCGCUAUAUGCAAAUAAAACAGAGUUCAUUGAAUCCGUGAUUAUGCUAAUACUGUUUUUAGUUAUUAUUUUAGUAUUUACUGGGAUAUGAAAUGCAACAAAGGGGUAGCAAAAUAAUCACUUUAUAAACGCCACGUUCAUGCCGUGAUGGAAUUACUGUUAUUACGAGAUGGCAACUAGGAGGUUCUACUCGGAGCCAUUCACGUCCUGGGAACUCUAAAGUGAUCCUUUUGUAUGACAACACUCAUAACACCAAAAAGGCUUUGUUGUUGAUAACAGCAACAUCACUACAUUAAUUCACCCUAAUAUUUUGUUGCAAAAUGUUUAAGAACAGAAAAAACGUUCCAGGUACACUCAAAAAACUGAAACAUGGCUAUUGUUUGAUAAAAAGAAAUUAAAAUUAAAAAUAAUUUAAUUUAUCAGAUGAACACAGUUAUUUUAAAUCAGUCAGAACUAAAUUUACAGUAACUUAAAAGAACACAAUUGAGGUGUGUUGAAACAACAAAAACGUUAUGGUUUCAAUCAGUCACGUCUUUUGUGCAUGCUCCGAUGGAUUCCCUUUCCAAUUUGUGCCAAAGACAGCAAGAGAGCAGAUGAAAUACUCUGGAAUUGAUAUGUAUAACGGUAUCGGGCUGACCACACCACGAGGCAGUGGUACCAAUGGCUACGUUCAACGAAACCUGUCCAGCAUUCGUGUAAAGAAGAACAGAGAUGAGCGUGGUGGAGAGAGGGAUGAGAAGGACCGAGAGAGGCUGGAGAGCCAGCUGAACAGACAGCCUAAUGCUGAUAUCCUGGAGCACCAGAGGAAGAGGCAGCUGGAGGUCAAAUGUGCUGAGCUGCAAGACAUGAUGGAGGAGCAGGGGUACUCAGCAGAGGAGAUUGAAGAGAAGGUCAACACCUUUCGUAUGAUGUUGCAAGAGAAACAAGAACCGCCACCUCCUCCAACAGAGAGGCCAGCUGUGACCGAAACUCAUGCUCUGGCAGCUGCUAACCAGCAAAAGAAUGACCGUCUGAGAGAGGCGUUCGGUAUCAGCUCUGACUAUGUUGAUGGCUCGUCCUUUCAUCCUGAACGCAAGGAGCGAGAGAAAGAGAAAAGGGAGCAGGAGAGGCUGGAAAGAGAAAAGCAGCAGCAGCAGCAGAAGUACCAGAUGAUUGAGUCUGAAGCCUCUGAUUCCUCUCCUGAUCAAAAAAAGAGCCAGAAGAAGAAAAGAAAGAAAAAUAAAAGCAGAGAGAGCUCUGAGAGCCCCUCACCCUCCCCUAAACGAGAGAAGAACAGAAACAAGAAGAAAAAGAAAAGGGAGGAGUCAGUGAAGAGUGACACUGAGAGCAGUUCAUCAGACAAAGAAACAUCCAGGAGAAAGAGGGAAAGGAGUGAAAAUGUUACUCCACCUCCUAGUAAGACUCGCAAGCGGCAGAGUACAUCCUCCAGCCCAGCCCUCAGCCAGUCCCCUCUGAGAGAGAAACAACAGAAUAAAUCAGACUUGCGCACAGAGGCGAGGAAAGGAAGAUCUCCUGACAGGAGGUGGCAUUUCCACAGUGAGGAAAGCCCAAAGCGGAUGGAAACCGGAGAGAGGUCACCAAGACGCUCAAGAUCCCCUGAGCAAAACAGAAGAGGCAAAGACAGAGAAUGUGAGAGAGAACAAGUACAAGAAAAAUCUCAGAGAAGACGACAUGACUCCUCAUCACCAUCUCCCCUACGACAGCAGCAGAGCGACAGACGACAACGGAGUGAAAAGAGGGAGAGAGACAAAGAGAGAGAGAAACCCCCUCAAUCAAGAAGACACAAUACCUCAUCUCCAUCUCCACCACGGAAGCAGCAGAGAGACAGGCGACAACGGAGUGAGGAGAGAGAGAAAUCAUCUCAAAGGAGACAUCACUCUUCAUCUUCAUCUCCAUCACCUAAGCAGCUGAAGGAUAGGACACAGCAGAUCGUAGACAAGAACCGAGGGGAUGAUGGCAAAAAGGACAAAGGUCUGAAAAGACAUGACUCCUCCACAUCCCCUUCUCCCUCUCCACGUAAAGACAGAACAAGAAGAGGUCACAGUGGAGAGAAAGAGAGAGCAGCUUCCCCAAGAGCUGCUUCAGACCGAGAAAAGGAGAGACUUGGUGACAGAGUGAGAGACAGGCAGAGGAAUAGUGAUAGAGACACCGUCCCAUCUUGUAGAAAUGAUGGUCGAGGAUGGGAGAGUGAUAAAGGAAAGGAGAGAGGGAGAAAUCAAUCUAGUGACACCAUCUCUCCCGCCAAGCGUUCACCUUACUCUAAUGGAAGACAAAAAGUAAGAGAUCAGGAACAGGAGAAGGAAAGAGAAGAACAGAGAGAAAAGGAGAGGAGAGAGGAAGAGAUGAAAGAAGUGGCUAGAAGACAACAGGAGAAGAGAAAAUGCAGAGAGAGUGACAGAGAAAAUGAUAGAAACCGUCAUGGUGACACCAGGAGAGAGGAGAUGUCCAAAUCAGACUGGCAGUCAUCUAGCAGUCAGCCAGAAGACAGACAAGGUGCCAGAGGAAGUGAGACAGAGCGGGACAUACAGGAAAGAAAAGACAGGAGAAUGGAGGAGGACAAGAGGCAGGAAAGAACUCAAGAUAGGAGUUCUCAGGCCAGGGACAAAGAACGAAAUGAGAAAAAAAUGGAAAAGGAAAAGCUGGGGCAGAAAGACAAGUCCAAAACUGCUAGCGGUAGUAGUAGUAGUAGUAGUAGUAGUAGCAGCAGCAGCAGUAAUAGUAGUAGUAGUAGUAGUAGUAGUAGCAGCAGCGGCAGCAGCGAGAGUGACAGUGACAGCUCCUCAUCAUCAUCAUCAUCCUCCUCCUCCUCUUCGUCGUCAUCAUCCUCUGAUGAUGAAAAGAAACAGAAGAGUUCAAAACAGAACAGCAGCACUGGUAAAUUAGUUCCUCACGCUGUCAUUGCUCAGGCUGUUGCUCGCCGAGAGAAAGAGAACAGAGGAAGGGAUGGAGAAAGUGAUGAGGGUAGAAAGGCCCAAAGACAGAGUUCACCUUCUGAGGCCCAGAGAAAAGACGAAGACAUAGAUAGGAGAACAAGGGAUAUGGAGAGAGACAGGAGGUCUGUCCACUCCUCAUCGCCCUCAACAGGAACUCUAAGGAACAGUCAUCCUGAGAAAGAUAGGAAUCGGGGGAAAGAGAGGUACACUCCCACUGAAAUUUCUAGCCCUCCUCCUUCUCCCCCUCAGAGAGGCAGAGAGAGAGCAACCCUGGGUGGGGGCAGGCACAUGCCUUCAGAAGAGACAAAAUGUCAGAGUAGAGAACCAGAGAGGCCCAGAGAUAGAGGGAGAGAGCGAUACACCUCUUCAGAACUGGAACGAGAAUCCUCACGCCGUUCGCCUGGCAGAGGAAGGGAUCAACAGAAUAACCGAAAGGAUGCGUCAUCUUUGUCUCUGAAGGGAAAAGGAAGGGAUGAAGGCUCACAGGUCAAGCAGACAGCAUCACGACCUUCACCAAAACGCACUCCACCACGACAGUACCAGGAUCCGCAACGAUCGUGUUCCCCCAGUCCGAGACGAGGGGUGAGGAGACCCUCACCACCACGCAACUCAUCCCCUUACCGACGGGAUCGUAGCCGGGAACGCCUCAGAGAAAGAGAGAGGGACAGACUUAGAGCAAGGCCAGGAGAGAGAGAGCGUUCCAGGGAAAGGAGAACAAGGAGCAGCAGAUCCAGGAGUCCUCGUAGACAAAGUCCUCUCUAUAGGUUUCGUCGUACACCCUCGCUGAUACGUCGACGCAGAAGUAGCCGAUCUCUAUCAAGAGAAAGGGAGCAGGAAAGGAGGAGGAAUCGAGAGCGAGAGAGGCAGCGUGAACAGGACAAAGAAAGAGAGCGAGAACAAAGAACAAGGGCACCACCUAAAGAUCCCUCUCCUCCACACCGCUCUUUAUCCUCUUCCUCCCAUUCCUCCUCAUCAUCCUCACCCUCUCCUCAAAGAGAGACGAAGGUUGUGAAAUCUACAAACGCAGAUAAAGACAGAUCAAAGCAAUCAGAAAGGAAAAAUACGUCCCCUUCCCCUCCUCUGCAGACUCCUCGUCUCCUUUCCAACCAGUCACAUCAUCACUCUCAUUCACGUGAACAUCCUGCGCAUUCUAGAUCACCAACCACCAACCAAUCACAAAGCAGGGAUCCACCAGGUGACCAGUUAAGCGGCCAGUCUCCAUCACCAACACAAAAAAAUGAGCUGUAUAUAAGAGGAAAGACUGCAGUGAAUGGCAAACCAGAUAAGGAGAGCUCUGGGCAACAGCAGAAGAGCAGGAGAAGCAGCUCAAGUUCUUCAUCCUCAUCUUCAUCGUCCUCUUUGUCGUCAUCUUCAUCUUCAGACAGCUCUUACUCUGAAGCAGAGAAAGGAAAAGGGGGUGAUAAAGCGGGUAAAAAUAGAGAUUCUGGUAAGAUGACGAAAAGCAGAGCUGCUCCAUCAUCGUCCUCAUCAGAAAGUGAGCCAGAAGAAAAGAAAAGUCCACCACACCCCAAGAGAGUGCCAGCAGACUCACUGAGAGACUCCAGGUCACUCAGUUACUCGCCUCCAGUGAGACAACGAAGAUUUGCACACUCUCCACCCACUCGACGCAGUGCAAGCAGGAAGUCAAGAAGCAGAUCUCCAGACAGUCGACGGAGGAAAUAAGUACAUAAUUGUUCACUUUUUAAUUUUCUGGACUCUUUUAUCUGACCCUGACUGGACUGUAUCAUCUCAAUAUCACAUGGAUGAGACUGCAUUAGGAGAGGCUGAAAAAUGUGACUAGUUGCAAUGGUGACCCCUUCACCAUUAGUAGAAAACGAAGGUCUCACAAAACCUGGUUCUUUAGAACUCAUCCUAAAGGGGAGGAUUUAUUUUUUCUUUUGUUAUGGUGUAAUUAAUGUUCAAGGAGAGGCAAGCUGAGACACUGACAUUCUCUAAAGCUCUGUGCCAACAGAUGCUGGACGCUGUUUGUAUACAUACACAAACAAAAUCACAAAUAUGUCCAGUGCUCUUCUAUCUGCUACAUUGUUCUGAAUGUAGACGAACAUCUGUUAUUUUGUGAUUGGAAUGGUGUUCUGUUCCUAUGUAUGUGGACAGCGUCUGUUCCUUUUUGUUUCUUUGUGGAAUAAAGAAUUAUGAAUAAUACAAUGGCA